CCUGAUUACCAUUGACAUUUGACCUCAUUUCUCAUAAUUGAUAUCGCAGAUCUCACUAUCAAAGACACAUUUGAGAAGUUUGGUUGAUUCUUUCAUUUAUUGUUCUGUCUGCAGCCUGCGACAGAUCUAUCUGCUCAGUCAUGUGCUUGCUAUUCCUCCAUUGCACCCAGCUUCCUGUAUUUUUCCUAACGCCGUUCAAUGAUUCCCGAAAUACCAAAAGCUCCAUUCGGCUCAGUCACGAUAACUGCUGAGCCAGCUUAUCUCCUUAAACGCCUCGCAUAAUGCCUCAAUCAUUAAGUCAUCAAAGAUAAGUGGUUGUCUGGGUGCAAGUGCACUCAUACGGUGGGCAGAGCCACUUUCUCGAGAGCAGCAGCAAGCUUCUCCUCUUGUUGCUUGCGCUCCAUCAUAGCAACGAACUCGGCGUAUCGAGACUUCUUGUUGUGGAUACCACACUCAGUCUUGUCUUGGCCCUUCCAUCGGCCAGCUCGCUCGUCUUCACCCUCCUUGACGGGGGCAGUAGAGUGCCAGUCGCCGAUGGACUUGUAGCCUUGGUCGAGGAGAGCGUUGUAGGGAACAUUGUUCUCCUUGAUGUAGUUGUUGACCUGCUUGAAGGACCAAGUGGCCAGAGGGUUGAUCUUGACAACACCACGCUCAUCGUCAACUUCGAUGAUGGGGAUGGAUCCACGGGCAGCACCCUGAGAUCGUCGACGACCGUUGAGGACGGCAGCAACCUUGAGCUCAUCAUAAGCUCGCUGGAGAGGCUCGACCUUGGCAAUCCAGUCAUACAUCUCACUGGCGGUGUUCCACAUCUCCUUUCCGUACAUGUCCUCGAACUCUUCGGUAGUGUUGACGCCAUCGGGCUUAAAGAUGUGGACAGGGACGUUAGGGUAUCGCUCCUUGACUCGGUCGACAAGGUCGUAUGUCUCCUUGAAGUGGUACAAGGUAUCCAAGAAGAUGAGGUCGACAGUGGGAGAGUUUGGGUGCUCCUUCUGGAUCUUGGAGAGCAUGUCCAUGGUUGCGAGACCGGUCAAGCCAAAGGCAGUCGAUUGGUACAGGUUAGGGAACAUGACCUUGCAGAAUCGAAGUAUGUCCAUGGGGUGCAUAUCCUCGAGCAUGUUGUUGAGAUGAUUGAUGUGGGCCUUGGUGAGAGAGACCUGGGGUAGAGUGGUUGAUGAUGAUGGUGACGAGUAUUCUGAGUUUUGUCCAGAGACAUAGCCUGACUCGCACUCAAGCUUGAUGUCGGUGAGUGACACCUGCGAGGAUGUUUGGGAGAUGAAGGCAGGCAUGUUCAAGACGCGGUGAUGGUGUUUCGAAGAUGAGUUGUUACUUGGACUUGUUGAAAGCUGGGAUAGGUGAGGAGCGUAUCCCAGUUAUAUCUAAUCGGCAGCCAAAGAGCAGGAUUUUAAAGCACUGGAAAGACGAGAUGACGAACACGAUAAUGAACGAGGACAGUCAAAUUCUUAAGUUAAGUCAAGAGAGAGGGAGACGGAGAGGGAAGAGACGUGCUGAGUUGUAUGGGAUUUACAAGCUAUGUCCGGGCGACCGCCCGCUGUGCCCCCGAUCAAGGGCGUCCUUAGUAAUGUGCAAGGACAUCGUCCGAACCCGAGAGUAUUCUGCCUGUGACGAGCCCAGGACGUGGAAAAAGAUGGGGAGCUGCAAUUGCGCAAUCGCCGCCAUGAGGAUUAACGACUAUGAGUUGCAACUGAGACUGAUCACGACAUCGACGCUAUACCUUUCGCGAUGGGGGCGCCACGCUCAGGACAAAGCCUGAUUGGCCUAUGGACCAAAGCCCUGAAAUGGCGCCCAGCAGAUGGGACUUGUUUUGCCUCACCUCAUCCCGGACAACGACAUAACUUCGAUACAGCCGCCGAGCCGGAGGUCCAUUGGGCCUUUUCUUCGGUGGGACUAUAGGUAGCGGCAACCCCGGAGGUUGGAGGUUAUCAUCAUCAUGCGAGCAGAAGGUUCUAUAAGCAUCGCUUAGAAAUUAUAUGGUCUUUAUCUGGCUCAUCUCGCAAUCAAAGUCGAAUCCCAUGUUAUCUAGAUCUGGGGAUGUAUUGGAUUGGCGAGAUCAGAUGGAGUCAAUGACUGACUAGGGCCAUUGCAUGAUUAUGAGCACGAGGGCAGGUUCCCCGCGAUCAUGUCAUUUUGGCUUGGGUUGCGAAAUUCUAGUAUCCCCGGAGGAAGCGAAUAUGCUUUCCGUUUACGAUGAUAGUGUGUCACUCGAUGUAUGUAUGUAUCUCCGUCGCAAGAAUGAGCCAUUGUGUUGUCACAUCCUGAGAUCGAUGAUAUCAAAGUUGUUGAUGACUUUUUGAGUUAGGCUUCAUGCGGGCCGACAGCUCGAUGCCUGUAUUCCAAC